AUGCCUCAUACCACCGGUUCUGCGGCAGAGCUUCCCUUGCCUCGGAAGAGUACCCACACGAACCUUGAAAGAUCUGGCGGCUCAGCCGUCCGUGAUCUUUCCACAUCGGAGUCAUACUCAACAUAUGGGCCUUACGCACCACCAUGUUACCCAUCACAAUCUUACACAGAAAAGAGAUCUGUUGGCAUAUCCUUCCCGGAAGGUUACCCAACACAACCUCACACACAAAAGAGAUCUGGCGGCCUAACCUUCCCCGAAGGUUACCCGACACAACCUCACAACACAAGAGAUUGA